AUGCUGGUCGCAGUUUUCACCACAAUGAUUCUUUCACAGUCGGUUGGUCUUUGUCUGCCAAAACGACGACGUGCGGGGCACAUUACCAAGUUGUCCAUGAGCAAUCCGGAAAUGGAGCAGAAGAAAGUGAGCACGUCAUCCACCUCAUCUUCAAAUCAUGAUUCAAACGGUGCGAAGAUGGAUGUAACUGACUUAAAAAUCGAAAUUCCACCACGAAAAGAAACGGAAAAACAACCGGAGACAGACUUACGAUCUCUAAAAGAUGAAAAAAAUCCUCUGCUCGAUCCAAAUGUGCGCGAUCGCCUCAUGUCCAAGAGGAAUGCUGAAAAAACCAAAGAGACGGCACAAGCACAGCAUCCUGCGGAUUCGAAUUUUUCUGUGGUUUCGAAAAUCACGGGAAAACGAGGAACACAGAGUAAAGCAACAGUUAAUGAGGCCAAACAAGCAGCUACUGCAAGUCCUCUCCCAGUGACAUCCAACCCAAACAAUAUCGAUGCUGACGGAAACACAAAAAAGGCACAAGCGCAGCAUCCUGCGGAUUCGAAUUUUUCUGUUAUUUCGAAAAUCAUGGGAAAACGAGGAACACAGAGGAAAACAAUUUAUGAGUCCAAAUUAGUAGCUACUGCAAGUCUUCUCCCAGUGACAUCCGACCCAAACAAUAUCGAUGCUGAGGGACACACAAAAAAGGUCACCACGGGAACCCCAACAAGUGUAGAGCACAACUAUUCAGAAUACGAAGCAGAUGUUAUGAGACCACGAAAAACGCAUUUUUUCACGAAAGUGACAAAAAUUAAGAGAGCGAAAGACGAUAGGAGCAGAAUGGAAAACUCAUAUAUCAGGAAUGAAUCUAAAUACAUUGGCUACCACAAUUCUACAAAAACAACAUUUUUACAGUUUCUCAAAAGACACAGUGAACAGCAUGAUCGCGAACAGGCGACAUGUUUAGCACCUUGUCCCGGAUUACCUGGAAAGGAACCCGGAAGAGCGGUUGAGCAAACGGUGCCUGUUACUUAA